CUCAAUUGAUGCUGAAGGUUUGCGCGUUUCCAUCGGCGUCUGCUGUCAAUGGCUUUCUGGACGUGCUUUAUUUGAAUGUCUGGGCUUUUAAAAAUAAUCUCAUCUCAAGGAACCUCGCGCAGUAAUGGAUAUCUUAUGGAUUUUAUGGACGCUACCCGCUGCGCUGGCUGUAGAAGAAACGCUGAUGGACUCCACCACGGCGACGGCCGAGCUGGGCUGGACGGUGUAUCCCUCCUCAGGGGUGAGUGAGAGCAGCAGUUGGGAGGAGGUGAGCGGCUACGACGAGAAUAUGAACACCAUCCGCACCUACCAGGUGUGCAACGUCUUCGACAACAACCAGAACAACUGGGUACGCACCAAGUACAUCCGCCGCCGCGGCGCCCAGCGCAUCCACGUGGAGAUGAAGUUCUCGGUGCGCGACUGCAGCAGCAUCCCCAACGUGCCCGGCUCCUGCAAGGAGACCUUUAACCUCUACUACUAUGAGUCCGACGCCGACACCGCCAACAAGGUGUCCCCGCCCUGGAUGGAGAACCCGUGGGUGAAGGUGGACACCAUCGCGGCCGACGAGAGCUUCUCGCAGGUGGACCUGGGCGGCCGCGUCAUGAAGAUCAACACGGAGGUGCGCAGCUUCGGCCCCGUCUCCCGCCAGGGCUUCUACCUGGCCUUCCAGGACUACGGCGGCUGCAUGUCGCUCAUCGCCGUGCGGGUCUUCUACAGGAAGUGUCCCCGCGUCAUCCAGAACGGGGCCAUCUUCCAGGAGACGCUGUCGGGGGCGGAGAGCACCUCUCUGGUGGCCGCGCGCGGCGUGUGCGUCCCCAACGCCGAGGAGGUGGACGUGCCCAUCAAACUGUACUGCAACGGCGAGGGCGAGUGGAUGGUGCCCAUCGGGCGCUGCAUGUGCAAGGCCGGGCACGAGUCCGUGGACAACGGCACGGUUUGCCGAGCGUGCCAGUACGGCUUCUUUAAGCCGACGCAGGGUGAUGAUGUGUGCCUGCAGUGUCCAAUGAACAGCCGCACCACCAACGAGGGCGCCACCAACUGCGUCUGCCGGAACGGCUACUACCGCACUGACUCCGACCCCUUCCAGAUGCCCUGCACCACCAUCCCCUCGGCGCCGCGGAACGUGAUCUCUAGUGUGAACGAGACGUCCCUGAUGCUGGAGUGGACGCCCCCGCGGGAGGGAGGGGGGCGGGAGGACGUGGUCUACAACAUCAUCUGCAAGAGCUGCGGGGCGGGGCGCGGGGGGUGCACCCGCUGCGGGGACAAUGUGCAGUUCGUCCCACGCCAGCUCGGCUUGAUCGAGCCCCGCGUCUACAUCAGCGACCUGCUGGCCCACACCCAGUACACCUUCGAGAUCCAGGCCGUCAACGGCGUGUCCGACCAGAGCCCCUACUCUCCACACUACUCUUCCGUCAACAUCACCACCAACCAGGCCGCUCCAUCAGCUGUGUCCAUCAUGCAUCAGGUCAGUCGUACUGUGGACAGCAUCACGCUCUCCUGGUCCCAGCCCGACCAGCCCAAUGGGGUCAUCCUGGACUAUGAGCUGCAGUACUACGAGAAGGAUCAGACGGAAUAUAACUCGUCCAUGGUGAGGAGCCAGACCAACACGGCGGUCAUCCGCGGCCUCAAACCGGGGGCCAUCUACGUGUUCCAGGUGCGAGCCCGGACCGUGGCAGGGUUCGGACGCUACAGCGGGAAGAUGUACUUCCAGACCAUGACCGAAGAGGAGUACAACACCAGCGUGCAGGAGAAGCUUCCCCUCAUCAUCGGCUCCGCGGCCGCAGGCCUGGUCUUCCUCAUCGCCGUCGUCGUCAUCAUCAUCGUCUGCAACCGGAGGAGGGGCUUCGAGAGGGCAGACUCCGAGUACACCGACAAACUGCAGCACUACACCAGCGGCCACAUGACUCCAGGAAUGAAGAUCUACAUUGAUCCGUUUACAUAUGAGGAUCCUAACGAGGCUGUGCGGGAGUUUGCCAAGGAGAUCGACAUCUCCUGUGUGAAGAUUGAGCAGGUCAUCGGCGCAGGGGAGUUCGGGGAGGUGUGCAGCGGCAACCUGAAGCUGCCGGGAAAGAGGGAGAUGUUUGUGGCCAUCAAGACGCUAAAGUCGGGCUACACCGAGAAGCAGAGACGGGACUUUCUGAGCGAGGCCAGCAUCAUGGGCCAGUUCGACCACCCAAACGUCAUCCACCUGGAGGGCGUGGUCACCAAGAGCAGCCCCGUCAUGAUUGUCACUGAGUUCAUGGAGAAUGGCUCCCUGGACUCCUUCCUCCGGCAAAACGACGGGCAGUUCACGGUGAUCCAGCUGGUGGGGAUGCUGAGGGGCAUCGCCUCAGGCAUGAAGUACCUCUCUGACAUGAACUACGUGCACCGAGACCUGGCCGCCCGCAACAUCCUGGUCAACAGCAACCUGGUGUGCAAGGUGUCCGACUUUGGGCUGUCCCGCUUCCUGGAGGACGACACCUCAGACCCCACCUACACCUCCGCCCUCGGAGGGAAGAUCCCGAUUCGCUGGACUGCUCCCGAGGCCAUUCAGUACAGGAAGUUCACCUCUGCCAGUGACGUGUGGAGCUACGGCAUCGUCAUGUGGGAGGUCAUGUCCUAUGGGGAGCGGCCUUACUGGGACAUGACCAAUCAGGACGUGAUAAACGCCAUUGAGCAGGACUACCGGCUGCCUCCGCCGAUGGACUGCCCCAGCGCCCUGCACCAGCUCAUGCUGGACUGCUGGCAGAAGGACCGCAACAACCGGCCCAAAUUCGGCCAGAUCGUCAACAACCUGGACAAGAUGAUCCGCAACCCCAAUAGCCUGAAGGCCAUGACCCCUCUGUCAUCUGGCAUCCAUCUCCCUCUGCUGGACCGCAGUGUGCCAGACUUCUCCAGCUUCAGCACAGUGGACGAUUGGCUGGACGCCAUCAAGAUGGGCCAAUACAAAGAGAACUUCGCCAACGCCAACUUCAGCAGCUUCGACGUGGUUUCCCAGAUGACCAUGGAUGACAUCCUGAGGGUGGGGGUGACGCUCGCCGGCCACCAGAAGAAGAUCCUCAACAGCGUUCAGAUGAUGAGGGCCCAGAUGAACCAGAUCCAGUCUGUGGAGGUCUGACCCCCCCUCCCCACCCCUCCCCGCGGGAUGAGUGCGCAGGGGGGCGCAGCGCUGGACUCCGCCCCUGGGCUUCCUGUCCGACCGAUCCCUCCUUCUGGACGUCCCUCUGUCCCACAGAAUCCCCCACCCCCCCAGAC